AUGAUUAACACUUGUCUUCAAAAACGGCGGUCCUGCAAGAUUGCUGGCUUCUUCCACUGUACCGAGUGCCACGCGCACAUCAAGGAAAUUGAUGAUGGCUGGAAAGACAUUGGUGUGCUUGGAAAAUCGUUGCAAGUGCUGCUGGUGUACAUCGCCGUGGAAGCCUACGGCCUACACCACCAUUACCAGCAGCCGACAAAAGCCGGAUACAGGGGCGCCGGCUUCGGUGGCUACGCUGCUGUGGGGACACCUUACGGAGGAUACGAUGUCUAUGCCUCUCCACCUCAGCCGUAUAUAUUCGGCUACGAUAACGUGGACGAGUACGGAAAUCAGCAGUUCCGCACCGAGCAAGCUGACUCCAACAACGCCAGGACAGGCUCGUACGGCUACCGUGACGUCAACGGCCUCUACCGUCGGAUAAAUUACGUGGCCGAUGCGAACGGCUUCCGUGCUACCGUGGACACCAACGAGCCGGGCACCGCCCCUGGUGCCAGCGCCGACGCCGUCUUCAACGCUGCGCCAGUCGUCCCUCCGGUUCCCUCAGGACGUGGACAGAUUGGUGCACCUGGUGCCUAUGUCGCUAGGGCGGUGGGGCCUUACAACGCUGGAGGCUACAGAGCUUACGGCGGAUACGGAUACAAUCCCUACGGAGGCGCUCCUGGAGGCUACGGAUACACCCCGUACGGACGUCAGGGUUACGUUGCCAGUAGCCCAGCACUCGGCGGAUACGCUUACGGCGGCCAACCCCCUUACGGCUAUGGUGCCACCGGCUACGCUGCGCUCAACUCACCGGGUGUCUACGGAACCCCUGCUGGAUACGGAAGUUGGCCUUCCGCUCACCGCGGGUACCGCCGCCGUCCCAAGAUGAGUGCGACGAAGCAAGCUUUGUACCUGAACCCGGCACCACCAACCUGGUCUGCUGUGAACAAACGCAACAUUCGGACAAGUGUCGCUGGCUGGUGUAUAAAAGCCAGCUGCCCGAGAGAAGCGGCCAGAACAAAUUUGCUGUCUCUUCAACGUCGCUCGGUGGACAGGAGCGAUCUUGGCUUAACCUGCGGGAUCUCCGUAAAAGGAAAAAUGUUUGCAACGUUGCAAGUGCUGGUGGUGUACAUCGCCGUUGAAGCCUACGGCCUAGGCCACCACCACCAGCAGCCGACACAAGCCGGAUACGGGGGCGCCGGCUUCGGUGGCUACGCUGCUGUGGAGACACCUUACGGAGGAUACGAUGCCUAUGCCCCUCCACCUCAGCCGUAUAGUUUCGGCUACGACAACGUGGACGAGUACGGUAAUCGGCAGUUCCGCACCGAGCAAGGUGACUCCAACAACGCCAAGACAGGCUCGUACGGCUACCGUGACGUCAACGGCCUCUACCGCCGGGUAAAUUAUGUGGCCGAUGCGAACGGCUUCCGUGCUACCAUAGACACCAACGAGCCGGGCACCGCCCCUGGUGCCAGCGCCGACGCGGUCUUCAAAGCUGCGCCAGUCGUCCCUCCGGUUCCCUCGGGAGGUGGACAGGUUGGUCCAUCAGGAGCCUAUGUCGCUAGGGCGGCGGGGCCUUACAACGCUGGUGGCUACAGCGGUUACGGCGGAUACGGAUACAACCCCUACGGAGGCACUGCUGGAGGCUACGGAUACACCCCGUACGGACGUCAGGGUUACGUUGCCAGUAGCCCAGCGCUCGGCGGAUACGCUUACGGCGGCCAACCACCUUACGGCUACGGUGCCACCGGCUACGCUGCGCUCAACUCACCGGGUGUCUACGGAACCCCUGCUGGAUACGGAAGUUGGCCUUCCGCUCACCGCGGGUACCGCCGCCGUCGUUAAUGAACCGAUCUGCAGAACUAUGCGCU